AUGGCGUCCUUCCUCGAAAAUGCAUACAGUUUGGUCCACAUGGACAAUACGGCGGACCAGCCGACCCAGCAGGAGCUGAAGCUCCAGCUGGAGAAGGGCAAUGAUGAGACCAAGAUGGAGACCAUGCGGACAAUUAUUACGGCCAUGCUCAACGGCGACCCAAUGCCCCAGCUGCUGAUGCACAUCAUUCGGUUUGUCAUGCCUUCGAAGAGCAAGUCCCUGAAGAAAUUGUUGUAUUUCUAUUAUGAGAUUUGCCCGAAGCACGAUUCGACUGGCAAGCUGAAGCAGGAGAUGAUCUUGGUCUGCAACGGCAUUCGGAACGACCUGCAACACUCCAACGAAUAUGUUCGAGGAAAUACUCUCCGCUUCCUGUGCAAGCUGCGCGAACCCGAACUCAUCGAACCCCUCCUUUCCUCGGCGCGCUCGUGUCUGGAACACCGCCACGCCUAUGUGCGCAAGAACGCCGCGUGGGCGGUUGCUUCCAUCUUCCAGCACUCAGAGUCUCUCAUCCCCGAUGCCCCCGAGCUUCUCCAGACCUUCCUCGAAUCAGAGACAGAUGGGACUUGCAAGCGCAAUGCCUUCGCCGCCCUCAUGUCCAUUAGCCACCAGAAUGCGCUCGAAUACCUCCGAACGACCUUCGAUACCAUUCCUAACACUGAUGAGCUUCUUCAGCUGGCUGAGCUGGAGUUCCUGCGGAAGGAUGCUGUUCAGAACCCCCAGAACAAGUCGCGGUAUCUCAAACUCAUGCUUGAACUUCUCGAUGCCCCUACCAGCACCGUCGUUUAUGAAGCAGCCACCUCUCUUACCGCCCUGACCAGCAACCCUGUCGCCGUGAAGGCCGCCGCGGGCAAGUUAAUUGAGCUUGCGAUCCGGGAGGCCGACAACAAUGUCAAGCUCAUUGUAUUGGACCGUGUGGAUCAACUGCGGAUCCGCAAUGAGGGCGUCCUGGAUGAGCUGACCAUGGAGAUUUUGCGGGUCCUCACCAGCCCCGACAUCGAUGUCCGCCGGAAGGCCCUGGGCAUCGCUCUGGAGAUGGUCUCGAGCAAGAACGUUGAGGAAAUUGUCAUGCUGCUGAAGAAGGAGCUCGCUAAGACUGUGGACGAGCAGUAUGAACAGAACAACGAAUACCGCCAACUCCUCGUUCAAUCAAUACACACUUGUGCCAUCAAGUUCUCCGAAAUUGCCGCCAGCGUGGUCGACCUUCUGAUGGACUUCAUUGCUGACUUCAACAACAACUCUGCCGUGGAUGUGAUUUCGUUUGUCAAGGAGGUUGUUGAGAAGUUCCCCGAUCUGCGUGGAUCUAUUGUCGACCGUCUGGUGUCCACCUUGAGCGAGGUCCGGGCUGGCAAGGUCUAUCGUGGUGUUCUUUGGGUUGUUGGAGAAUACUCUUUAGAGGAGAGCGAUAUUCGGGAGGCCUGGAAGAAGAUUCGUGCCAGUCUUGGUGAAAUCCCCAUCCUGGCCUCUGAGCAGCGAUUACUUGACGAGGUUCCCGAGGACAAUGCCCUUCUCCAAGAGCAGGCCAACGGCCACGCCAAGGCUGCUCCUACUGGAUCUCGCAAGGUUCUGGCUGACGGCACAUACGCUACUGAGAGCGCUCUCACUAGCCAAUCUGCUGCCGCUGCUCGUCUUGAGGCUGUCAAAGCUGCACAGAAGCCGCCUCUCCGUCAACUAAUUCUGGACGGCGACUACUACCUGGCCACUGUUCUUUCUUCCACCCUGACCAAGCUGGUUAUGCGUCACUCCGAGGUCUCCCAGGAUACCGCCCGUACCAAUGCUCUUCGCGCCGAGGCGAUGCUCAUCAUGAUUUCCAUUAUGCGUGUCGGACAGUCGCACUUUGUUAAGGCUCCGAUCGAUGAGGACUCUGUCGACCGUGUCAUGACUUGCGUCCGCUCUCUCGCUGAGUUCUCCGAAAAGAAGGACCUAGAAAUUACCUUCCUGGAGGAUACCCGCAAGGCAUUCCGCGCUAUGGUCCAGGUUGAAGACAAGAAGAGGGCCGCAAAGGAAGCCGUGGAGAAGGCCAAGAGUGCUGUGCAGAUCGACGACGCCAUUCCCUUCCGGCAGUUUACCAAGAAGAACACUGUGGAGGGUGCUGAAGAGAUUGAGCUGGAUCUGGCCAGGGCCACCGGCGGCGACGCCGUUACGGAGAACGUUCCUUCGAAGCUGAGCCGCGUUGUGCAACUGACUGGUUUCUCCGAUUCUGUCUACGCCGAGGCCUAUGUUACCGUCCACCAGUUCGACAUUGUCCUUGACGUCCUGCUGGUCAACCAGACCGCCGAAACUCUGCAGAACCUGUCCGUGGAGUUUGCCACCCUGGGCGAUCUCAAGGUUGUUGAGCGGCCAUCAACCCAUAACCUAGGCCCACGCGACUUCUUGAACGUCCAGGCGACCGUCAAGGUUUCCUCGACUGACACUGGUGUCAUCUUCGGCAACAUUGUCUACGACGGCGCUAGCUCCACUGAGACCCACGUGGUCAUCCUCAACGAUAUUCACGCCGACAUUAUGGACUACAUCCAGCCCGCCCACUGCACGGAGACUCAGUUCCGGACCAUGUGGACCGAGUUCGAGUGGGAGAACAAAGUCAACAUUAACUCCAAGACCAAGACUCUGCGUGAGUUCCUCAAGCAGCUGAUGGAAAGCACGAACAUGGCCUGCUUGACUCCGGAGGCUUCGCUCAAAGGUGAUUGCCGCUUCCUCAGUGCAAAUCUCUACGCCCGCAGCGUAUUCGGCGAGGAUGCUCUGGCCAAUUUGAGCAUUGAAAAGGAGGGUGACGACGGGCCGAUUACCGGAUUUGUCCGGAUCCGCAGCCGCUCGCAGGGCCUGGCGUUGAGCUUGGGUUCCCUGAAGGGCCUCAAGGCGGCGGCAGCAUAA